CACAAAACCAUUUGUGAAUCAAUCAAUCAGAACCAUUAUGUCUCUCUCUCUCUUUCUAUGUCAUCUCUCACACAAUCCCAAAAUUUAUAAAGGCAUCUACAUAUCUGACAAUACAAUACCCAAAACCAAAACUCGUUUUAAUUCAUUCCUUUUUUGUUUUUAAUUUUCUUUUCUCUUCCAAACAAAACAUAUUAAUAUUACCAUCACUCCUCACCAAAUUAUUUUUUAAACAAAUUCAAAAUCUAAAUUUAAAAAAGAAUAGAGAAAUGAGUGAGAGAGAGACUGUUCUUUCAUUUGUUCCUACUAGUAAUAGUACUCGUAGCACUAGAAGUAGAUAUUAUUUUCCUUUAAUUCCAAAAUCAAAACCAAAAACAAAACCAAAAUCUACACGACCGAUUUUCCAAAACUCAACUCAAACCCAACUCAGUUACUCACCACCACCACCACCUGCUUUUGUUUUUUUUUUCUUCUUCUUAAUUUUUUAAGCUUUGAAAUUUAUUUGUUAUUAUUUCAAAUCUCACCGCACAUCUCAAUCAAUCACGCAAACUCGCAGACACUCUCUCUUCAAUUUAAUGUUUUAUUUAUUUUUUUGAUUCUUUGUAGAGAGAGAAAGAGUAUUGUUUUUUUUUUUAUGAAAAGUCUUUGCUGUUGAUAUUAGAGAGAGAAAGUCUGGAUUUUUACAAUUUAUAUUCAUUUCAUUUGCAUUCAUUCAUUCGUCUCUUUAUUACUUUUUUUGCUUUUCUCGUCAUACACACGAAAAGAAAAGGGGCCACUACUGCGGAAGAACCCUAGUUCUGGAGUGAAGGAGGGAUUGAAGCUUUGUUUUCUUGCGAUUGAGAUCAGAUAAGUGAAGGUUUUGAUUUUCCUGAGCUACUUGCAAUGGAGGUUUCUGGUUCGGAAGCAGGAGAGAAGAAGAAGCCGCCUGAGGGAGGAGAGAACAAGACCAAGCGAAAGAUGAAGACGGCUUCGCAAUUGGAGAUUCUAGAAAAAACUUAUGCAGCGGAGGCGUACCCGUCGGAGUCGCUAAGAGCUGAGCUAUCUGUAAAACUGGGGCUUUCUGAUCGGCAAUUGCAGAUGUGGUUUUGUCACAGGAGGUUAAAGGACAAGAAGGCCACGCCGGCUAAGCGGCUGCGGGGACAGGAGUCCUCACCUGCUCGCCGUGCUGGGGAGGAUGAAGUAGCAGUGGGUGGCUUGGGCAAUGAACACGCCCCUGGGUCGGGUUCGAGGCACGGGCAUGUUGCAGAGCCUCGGAGAGGUGCUCCUCGGCAUUGGGCGGGUGGUUCUAGACCUGGAGGCAGCGAAAUGCAGGUGAUGGCAAAGAGGUAUUAUGAAUCACAGCAGACUAUUGCCGAACUUCGAGCUAUUGCCUUUGUGGAGGCGCAGUUAGGGGAGCCACUGAGAGAAGAUGGGCCUAUUCUGGGGAUGGACUUUGAUACAUUGCCACCGGAUGCUUUUGGCGCACCCAUUGCAACGGUUGGGCAACACAAGCAAUCUCGUCGUUCUUAUGAUGCUAAAGUAUAUGAGCGUUCUGAUGCUAAACCAAUUAAGGGUACUGGAAGGGCUGUCCUUGAAUAUCAAUUCAUCCCAGAGAAGCCAACUGUUAAGACUGAGGCAUAUGACAAACUUACCCAUUCUUAUCACUAUGGUUCGUCUGCUGAGGGUCCUACUGCCAAGACUCCAUUGUUAUCUGCUGGGCACCCAUACACGCCUGGCAAUGAGCACUUAUCUUCUGGAUAUGGAUUUCAAGAUGCUUAUUUUGGUACUCAUCCGAUUAGUCAACUGGAAAAUCCAUAUACAGCAUCUGAGAGGAGAUUGACCAUUGAGGAGGAUGCUUUACGAAAUGAAAGGAGGCGCAAGAGUGAAGAGGCAAGAGUAGCCAGGGAGGUUGAAGCCCAGGAGAAAAGGAUAAGAAAAGAACUUGAGAAACAAGAUAUUUUGAGGCGGAAGAGAGAAGAGCAAUUAAGGAAAGAUCUGGAGAGACAAGACCGUGAGAGGCGGAAGGAAGAAGAAAGACUAUUGCGUGAGAAGCAGAGAGAGGAGGAGAGAUUCCAGAGGGAGCAAAGGCGUGAACUGGAACGGAGAGAAAAAUUCUUGCAAAAGGAGUCCAUGAGAGCAGAGAAAAUGAAGCAAAGAGAAGAAUUACGUAGAGAAAGAGAAGCAGCAAGGCUGAAGGCUGCUAAUGAGAGAGCAAUUGCUCGCAAAAUUGCUAAAGAAUCAAUGGAACUCAUUGAUGAUGAAAGAUUGGAACUGAUGGAGUUGGCUGCAUCAAGCAAGGGGCUGCCUUCCAUAGUUUCCCUUGAUUACGAAACUUUACAGAAUCUUGAGUUAUAUAAAGACAUGAGAAUUGCUUUUCCGCCAAAGUCUGUUCAUUUGAAAAAGCCUUUUGCAGUUCAACCAUGGACAGAUUCUGAGGACAACAUUGGAAAUCUUCUAAUGGUGUGGAGGUUUUUGAUUACGUUUGCAGAUGUUCUUGGACUUUGGCCUUUUACUCUGGAUGAAUUUGUUCAAGCUUUUCAUGAUUAUGAUCCAAGGUUGUUGGGUGAGAUACACGUUUCUCUAUUGAAAUCAAUUAUUAAAGAUAUUGAAGAUGUUGUAAGAACACCAUCUACAGGGUUGGGAGCAAAUCAAACAACUGCUGCCAACCCAGUAGGCGGUCAUCCACUAAUUGUAGAAGGGGCAUAUGCCUGGGGUUUUGAUAUUCGAAGCUGGCAAAACCACUUAAAUCCACUGACAUGGCCUGAAAUAUUGCGACAAUUUGCUUUAUCUGCGGGAUUUGGACCACAACUGAAGAAAAGGAAUGUCGAGCCAUCAUAUCUUCGUGACAACUAUGAAGCUAAUGAUGGUGCAGAUAUAGUUUCCAAUUUGCGUAGUGGAGCAGCUGUUGAAAAUGCUUUUGCUAAAAUGCAGGAGAGGGGAUUUUCUAAUCCACGUGGAUCUAGGCAUCGGUUGACUCCUGGAACUGUCAAAUUUGCUGCAUUUCAUGUUCUGUCACUUGAGGGGGACAAGGGUCUUACCAUAUUAGAAGUUGCAGAUAGGAUUCAGAAAUCUGGACUUCGGGACCUUACAACUAGCAAGACACCAGAAGCCUCUAUAGCUGCUGCUUUAUCUAGGGAUACAAAGCUUUUUGAGAGGACUGCUCCUUCAACAUAUUGUGUGCGUGCUGCCUAUAGGAAGGACCCAGCUGAUGCUGAGACAGUACUUUCCUCAGCCAGGGAGAGAAUAGGUGUCUUUAAAAAUGGGUUCUUGGAUGUAGAAGAUGCUGAUGAAGGUGAAAGAGAUGAAGAUUCUGAAAGCGAUGUAGGAGAGGAUCCUGAAAUUGAUGACUUAGGUACUGAAAUAAAUCCUGAAAAGGGGUCUGUAGUUUCUCAAGAAGUAAACAAAUUAAAUGAAGCAUCUAUUUCUCGUAACGGAGAGGAAAUUGUUCAAAUAAUUGAAACUAAAAAAAAAGACCUCCGGAAUUCUCGUGGAGAUUCUGUACAUUCUGAAAGCUAUGUAAAGAGGGAAGAUGCUGUUUCUUUCUUGGCCCAACCUAUUAAUGUCAACAAGAGUGAUGUACCUAAUUUUGGUUGCGAAGAUCCAGAUAUUGAUGAAAGCAAUCCUGGUGAGCCAUGGGUUCAAGGGCUUAUGGAAGGAGAAUACUCUGAUCUGAGUGUUGAGGAGCGUCUUAAUGCACUUGUUGCACUAUUAGGUGUGGCAAUUGAAGGAAACUCAAUUCGUCUUGUACUUGAGGAGCGAUUAGAAGCAGCGAAUGCUUUAAAGAAGCAAAUGUGGGCUGAGAUGCAAUUAGAUAAACGUCGCAUGAAAGAAGAUUAUGUGUUGAGAAUGCCUUACACAUCAUUUAUCAAUAACAAGUUUGAGCUCAAUCCUGUAAUUUCUUCAGCAGAGGCCAAGCAAAGUCCAUUUGUCAAUGUUGAUGACAAAAACAAUGGAACAACAGGAGAUCUUGCAGUCAAGGAGGAGCGGAUGGAGGAUCCAUCGAAUAACAAUCCUUGUGUCAACAAUUUUCCUUCUGGUGGAAACUUGCAAAUGCAAGAGGUCUGUGCUGGUCCUGAUAAUAACCUUUCUCAGCAGCCAGGAUAUGCUGUUGACAGGUCUCGAUCGCAAUUAAAAUCUUAUAUUGGAUACAAGGCAGAAGAGAUGUACGUGUAUAGAUCAUUGCCACUUGGUCAGGAUCGUACACGCAAUAGGUACUGGCAGUUCAUUACUUCUGCUUCUCAAAAUGAUCCUGGCUGCAGCAGGAUCUUUGUUGAGUUGAAUGAUGGGCGUUGGAGGCUUAUUGAUUCUGAAGAGGGUUUUGAUGCUUUGCUGGCUUCGUUGGACAUACGAGGGGUUAGGGAAUCCCAAUUGCACGCAAUGUUGGUAAGGAUUGAACUCUUUUUCAAGAAAGCUGUAAGGAAGAAGAUGCUGCAUGCUAACAUGGGGAGGCAACGUGAAGACACUGGAAAAACAGCAGUUCCCAUUGAUUGCAGUAAUGGUAUUGAUAGCCCUAGCAGUACUCUGUGUCUUGCUGAGUCUGAUUUGUCGGAGAGCUCUACUUCUUUUGUGAUUGAGCUUGGGAGGAACAAAAUUGAGAAAAGUGGUGCAUUUCAGAGAUAUCAAGAUCUGGAGAGGUGGAUUUGGAAAGAAUGCUUAAGUUCUUCAAUGCUAUAUGCUAUCAAGCAUGGGAAGAAAAGGAGCAAGCAACUUCUGAAUGUAUGCGAUUCUUGUCAUGGGAUCUAUUCUUCUGAAGAUAAUCAUUGUCCUUCUUGCCAUAGAACAUUUAGUUCCUCUGAGAGUGGUACAACAAGUUUUUCUGAACACAUUACUCGAUGUGAAGAUAAACUUACCCUGAACCAAUAUGGGACUUUGAAUGAUUCACCUUCCUUUCCCCUGAGGAUCAGAUUACUGAAAGUAGUGCUAGCUUUAAUAGAGGUUUCUGUACCUCCAGAAGCUCUUCAAUCUCUGUGGACUGAUAGCCAUCGUAAAUCAUGGGGUGCCAAGUUAAAUGCAUCAUCCUCAGCUGAAGACCUUCUCCAGGUUCUCACAUUGUUGGAAAGUGCCAUUAAGAGGGAGAAUCUAUUCUCAGAGUUUGAGACCACCAAUGAACUUCUGGAUUCCUUGAAUCCAAGAAGAUACAUUGCUCCUCAUUCUACCUGUCUCGAAACAAUGACAGUGCUUCCAUGGGUACCCCUAACAACAGCUGCUGUGGCUUUGAGAAUCAUGGAGUUCGAUGCAGCCAUUUUUUAUGUACCGCAACAGAAACUGGAUUCACAAAAGGACAGGGGAUCUGGAAAUGUUAUUAAGUUGUCUUCAAAAUAUGCAUUAAUGAAAAAUUCGUUUGAUGAUGGGAUAACCAGAACUCCAUGUCAAGUUGACAAUCUCAAGAAAGAUAGUUGGGUUGAUCUUGGGGAGGGACUGCAAAACUCUGGCUUCAAAAAAGGAAGCCGUGGAAAUGGAAGAGCACGGGGCGGUAGUAAUGUGACUACUAGUACUCGUGGGGGUCAAUUGCAGAAAAGAGCUAUUGGUUCUAGAGGUGAAACUGUGAAGAAAAAUGUUAGGGCAUUGGGGCGAGGACUCAGAUGGAAAGGUAGUCAACGUGGAGGAUGUAAACGUGGUCGACGCACUGUUAGAACCAAGCAAAAACCAGCGAAAAGAAUGUUUGGGACUGGUGUGGAGGAGGAAACUUUUCCAAAAGAGAUCAUUGAUGAGAAGUUCCCAAGAAGUGUAGUCCAAGAUUGGAAUACAGAAGAUGCAACUGGUUUGCAAAUGGAAGAUGCUGAACCAGCUAGCAGCAUUUCUGGAAGAUCGGAGUAUGAUGAAGAAAACGGUCAAGGAUCGGGAGAUGAAUUUGAUGAAAUGGCUAUGGAAGACGAAGACUACAACACUGGCUUCAAUGAUAGGUCGGGUGAAUUAGACGGUAGCGAUUAUAAUGUUGAUGAGGUUGAUGAUGAUGACGAUGACAAUGAUGAAGAUGACGAUCAAGAUGAGUACAAUGUCAGGCAAGUUGAACAAAGGGAUUUUGAUGUUGACAGAUACAUAAAUGGUGAUUCAGAUGAAGAGGAAAACAGGGGAGGAGGGCAAGACAUGGAAAUUGAUCAACAAACGGGAUCCACGUCUUCAGAUUAUAGUGAGAGUGACUAGAUAGAAAUAGACAAAAAAUUCAAACAAUAUUGUACAUUUUGAGAUACAAGGGUAUCCCUAUUUAUGUUGCAAUAUUAUUUUAUCAAAGAUGGGGAAUAACAGAGUGCAACUGUUAACUGAUAGAAUGAAAUAGCUAUGCAAAGCCCAACCAAAGGAAAGAAAAAAGGAAAAUACAAUUUUUCUAUGGGGUGGAAGGGUUUUGCAUGGUUACUAAUUACCUAUUGCUUAGGGGAACCACCUUGUAUUAAAAUAUGCCUUAUCAUCUAUGUAAAUAUUUUAGUACUCUUUAGUCA